AUGGUCCUGGCUGGACCAGCCGCUUUAAUUCAGCAAAACCCCGAUGAAGCUUGUCUUGGUCAUCUGGCUUUCAAGCCAGAAACCGACUCGAUAUCGAUGGUGACACUCGUCCUCUUCGUCGUCUCCAAUUUCCCUUUGAGCGAUCCCAGCGGAACUCUCAUCCGUUACCCCACACCACUGUUGAGCUCGGCUAUCUCCUUCAAGAAAUCAGAUUUCCAUCUGCCAUCUCUGGAGCUUGAUUCCAAGGGAUCAACGUUCAGGCAUUCGGAUCAACUUUCGACCCCGUCGACAAAGUUCUCAAGGGCACCAAGAGCAACAAGUCGAAGACUGAUCAAUGUCGAGGACAUUGUCCUUGUGGAUUCCUGCACCUCAGGUUCUGGGAAACCAUGA